GGUAGAUAGUUCUUGCUCUUGUUCUUGUGCUACUAUUUUUUUUUUUUCCUAGAACUACAUUUAUCUACAUAUCCACUAGUACUAUUUGAGCAGAUAGAUCCCCGUGCCCAUCAACUAAAGCGUUUUUAGUAACACGUGACAAUAGAAAGAUGACGUCGUCUCAGUGCAGGGAGUGGAGUCAGAAGUUCCUAGAGCUGAAGAAACUCCGGAAAGAAGUCGAACUGCGAACCUACCAUGAUACGAAGAGCAAAACUUGGAAUGUCGGACGGUUGUUAGCAGACUUAGACGCAGCAAAGAACCCUGCUAGUGGUUCUGGUAGUUGUACUAGUGGUUCUGGUAAUACUAGUGGUUGUGGUAAUACUAGUGGUUGUGGUAGUACUACUAUGGCUGCUGCACGAGGCACUGGAGCUGGAAGUACAACUGGACAACCUGGUGGAACAAUAAAUAAGCAAGAGUAUGUUAUUGCAUCCUCUGGUGCUCCUCCUGGAGGAACUGGGACCAACAUGGUCAGAGCAGGUAGUACUGGAACUAAUACAAAAGUACUAGCUACCAGUUCUUGUUCAAAUUUGUUCUCGACUGGUACAACAACGAGGAGCACUUAUAAAGCAGCUCCUCCAGCUCAGACGACGGUCCUCGCGAACAGCGGUCGCUCCCUUGAUAACGACAGCGGAAGACGGCGAGCUUGGCCUACUACAGUUGGAGCGGGAGCACAACAUCCGACAUUUCCAAGCACCAGUCCAUCCGUAGCUCCAUGGCCAGUCGCGCAACAGAAUCCUAGUCAGAAUUCCUCCUUUAAGCAGAUACAACAGAAUGCUCCUCCACGAGGUACAGGUCCAGCAGCUACUUCAUCAACUACUUCCAUCCGCCCCCAUGGCAAUGCAUCUUCUAUCGGCGCAGGAGGAGUGAUGCGUCGACCAGCUAAGCGGACGCUGAGUAUGGCCACUGGAGGGUCUUAUGAGAUGUCUGCUGAGGAACAGGCAAGAAUUGAAAAGGCAAUGUAUCACUUCCAGACAACAUCUUCUUCACAAGGAGGUCGUGGUGCUGUGGGAGGACCUCAGGGACAGCAAGAAGUGGCGCAGCAAGUCGCAGAGCAUGAAGCAGAAACCAGCAGUAUGGAAUUGGAACAAGAAAUGCCAGAGGGAUCCAAGAAAGGACCCAGCAAUUAUAGGCCCACUUACACUUCUUUCGCAGACAGAGCUGCUGGCGGACGAGGAGCGCCGAUAUUGCCAGGUACUACACAGACACUUCUGCCUUCACCAUUUCCUUCAGCUUCACCAUCAGGGAAGAAUAAUAGUAUGAAGGGCGCAACUACAUCUACAUCUACAACUUGUUCGUCCACAUCAACCACGAAGCCUUUGAAAAUGACAUCCACGAAGCCUUUGAAAAUGACGUCUUCCUCCAGUAUGGAUGCUUUUGUAGAUGAAGCACUUACAACCGGGGGGAAUAUGCUUCCUCCACCGACAAAAGGGGAGCUGCAGCCAAGAGCUAACGUUGUUGUAACUAAUCAUGGCCAACAUGGUCGAAAUGGUUCUUCUUUAUUCUUCACUACAACAACUACUUCAACAUCCUCCACGACGAGUUCGGGUGGAAAGGGAAACGUCGUGGGAGGCGUCCUUCCUCCGCCAAGUAGCACGCCACGCAAGGUGAGUGAAGCUGUUGUAGUGGAUUUCGACAGAACUACCAGUAUUGGCGAGCUUUCCUCCGAUGCUAUCAGAGCAGCUCUGAAGACCGUGAAAUCUGCGGGAUUUGACUGGUCUGGACCUCCCUUGAGCAUCGGAGACCGCGUUUUGUUCGACAAAAUUACGUGGGAAAGACCAGGCGUCGCAAAGGCUCUUGGAGUAAGAGCGAAGCCAGCACCAGAAGUAGUUGUGCUUGCGCCUCCUGCACAAGAACCAGAAGAAGAACAAGUUGUAGUUCCAAAUGUUGUACUAGAAGUGGGUGGAGGUCGUGCUGGUGUCAACAGUAGCACAGGAGCUUCCAAUAAAGGUCCGACAGAUGAACAUCAAGCUCAGGAGAUGAAUCCUACUAGUACUUCUACCACCAAUACUACUAGUAGUACUGCCACCACAACUUCGAAGAAUAAACGUAAGCGGUCACCGACUCCGAUCAGAUUCACGGAAUUGCCUAUGGACAAACAAUUUCCAGGUUACAAAAGAACGAAAAAAUCCUCAAAUUCACCACCUCCACCCCCAUUGAGCGACAGUGAAGCUGAAGGUGGCGGAGAUGACUACAUUUCCAGACCUCUUGACGAGGAUGAAGAUGGAGAUGGCGGUGGUAAGGGCGGUGAUGGUAAGGGCGGUGAUGGAGGCACAGGGAAGGGCGGCGAUGGUCAUGGCGGUGGUAAAAAUGCGUCCUCAACAAGGUCCUCUACCUCUGCAAUGACUAAGAAAGCGGUAGCUAAAAAUCUAGUGGAUUUAAUCAACGGUGAAGACGACGAUGUUGACGAUGAAACUGGACCCGCUGAGAAGAAAAAAGAUAUCGCCACAGUUGCUCGUUGGUUCGACAAGAAAGGCUACGGCUACAUUGAAUCCGACCUAUUGUUAAGGCUCGACUGACACAAUUCUUCACUUCCAAGUCCAACGGAGGUCAACAUUAUUUUGGGUUUCCUUGUAUGUUCCUAGGAUGCUGAAGAAUAAUGAAUGGAAGAAGUGAGUCGUACUUUUGAGGAUCUCUAAUAUUGUACAAUCAGUAUGGGUGUCAAGUUUUUGUCCAUUGUGGCGACUUAGACGACCCAGAGACGGAUAUUCGGUGUGGAGAUGAGGUGUAUUACGGCAACAUGGCGCGAAACGAUCGGGGUCAUGUGUACGCAACAGGCGUGCGACUUGUGAGACCAAGACCAUUGAGGACUAAUACAUGUACUUCAACUUAAAUGUAGUCUUCCUAUUGCUGCAGCAACUUACUAGAUCAUCUAGAACACCAUAUAAAUUUGUCUCGAGGACGUUUUCAAGACUUUUUCCUAUAUCUAAUGUCUCUCUUACUCUUACAGUAGUUUUCUCUCAACCACAGCAAUUUUCUUUUCCGGGACCGAUUUCACGAACACUGAAGCGGAUUUGUUUGCCUGGUUCCAAAAUUGUGGCAAGAUCACGCAUUUCAAGCUUUUUCUGGAUCAUAUGGGUCGAUCUAGAGGGCAGGGGGUUGUUCGCUUUGCCGAUGAAGAGAGCUUCGAAAGGGCUCUAGCCCUCCACGAUACGAAGGUGAAAGAAAGCGACAAAAGGCUCAUUUGUGUGGAACAUUAAGGCUCAAUACUUAAUACAAUUCCUUUAUUCUGCAAGACAUUUCUUACUGUUUCCCUCACCCUCUUGAUGGGAUUCUAAAGGAGUGACAGCAAGAAACGAAUUCUUUUGAGCUCUAAGGCCGAAGCAGAUUCAACAUCCCCAUCGGGAAAGCAGCGCCAACGUUUGAAGAAAAACAGAGGAAGCGUGCGGAGAAAGCGAAGCAAGAUGAGGAAGAAGCUGAGGACUACAUUAACAGAGACAGAUUUCCGAAGCCAGGAGCACCAAGGCCGAAGAGAGUGAAGAAGGGGAGGUGGUAG